AUGUGGAAUGCUAUAAAGUAUACAGAAUAUUGGCGACAAAUGGAACUCAUGAAGCUCUUUAGAGAAGAGCCAGUCGUUUAUACUCUCUCGGUCUCCUCUUCCCUUUCAAAACUCUCGAGUUCUAUAUUCAAUUCUAUUGGUAUUAUGGCUUCUUAUGGUUCUAAUAAUGUUUUUCUAAGCUUCAGCGGCGAAGAUACUCGUCAUUCUUUUACUGAUCAUCUUUAUUACGCACUAAGGAGAGCAGGAAUUAGUACUUUUAGGGAUGAAGAAGAAAUCAAAAGAGGCGAAAAACUGAUGCCGGAGAUCAAGAGAAUAAUCAAAGAAUCUAGGGCUUCGGUAGUUGUAUUCUCAGAGAACUAUGCAACUUCAACAUGGUGUCUAGACGAGCUUGUCCUGAUCCUAGAACAAAGAACGGAGUGCAAUCACUUUGUUCUACCUGUUUUUUAUCACGUCGAUCCUUCGGAUCUGAGGAAGCAUACUAAAACAUUCGCUAUCGAAGUCAAAGCUUCUUCAAGGUGGACAGAUCACAACGUGAACCUGUGGAAGAAAGCUCUCAAAGAGGCUGCUGAUUUGGCCGGCAUGGUUUUGUCUGGGUCUGAAGCAGAGUUUCUGAAGGAGAUUGUUGACGUCAUUUACAAUAAACUGGAUCGCAGAGAAGUUAUUCUCCCACCCAAUAUAACAGGGAUGGCCACUCGAUAUGCCAAGAUUAGUAUGUGGUUAAAUCAACCCAAUAAUUCAAAAUACAUGGAUUAUGUUGUAAAGAUAUUGGAGCACGAUUACAAUGCAUUAUCGGGGAUCAAAAGUCUAUCCAACAGAUGCCUUCUUUCUGUUUCACCAAACAAGAAACUGAUGAUGCAUCGAUUGGUUCAAGAGAUGGGGAAAAACAUAGUUCGUCAAGAAUCAAGAUUCCCUAUAGAACGUAGUAGAGUCUGGCUUAGUGGAGAAUCUCAUAAAAUAUUGACUAAGGGAGAGGGUUCAAAAUCAAUGGAAGGUUUAGCACUUGACAUGCAAAUGCUAGAUAAACAGAUGUUUACUUUCAAGCCAUCAAACCUCAAGACAGAUGCACUUCAAAAGAUGGAUAGACUAAAAUUGCUCAAACUAAACUUUGUGAAGCUCACCGGGACCUAUGGGAACUUUUCAGAAGACUUAAGAUGGCUCUGCUGGCUUGGAUCCGAUUUAAGAACCAUACCCUCUGACUUAUUCAUGGGAAAUUUGGUGGCUAUAGAUAUGAGCUAUAGCAAAUUGGAAGUAUUUGAAGCACCCAUGGUUCUUCAGUCACUGCAGAUUCUGAAUCUUACACACUCGCAUGAUCUAUCUGAAAUCCGCAACAUGUCCAUGAUCCCUCAUCUACAGACUUUGAUUCUUUGGAAUUGUCGCAGUCUGACUCGUGUAUGCAAAACCAUUGGAGACUUGAAGAAUCUUACUCUACUGAAUAUGACAGGAUGCAAAAAUCUUUGCAAGAGUGUGAAAACAGAUCUAGAUCUAAAAGCUUCUACCUCUGGUGGAAAAAUUACAAAACAACCUACUUUUUCCUUCCCAAGUUCAUUACACCGCUUAUUCCUUAAUGACUGCAAUCUUUACUGUACUGAUUCUUUUCCUCUGAGUUUCAGUGCUCAACAAUGUAUGGAGUACUUGAAUUUAGGCUAUAGUCUAUUUGAGUUUCUGCCUUGUUAUGACCAUCUUAAAAAUCUUCGGGUCCUAGAUUUGACUUCAUGUUCAAUGCUUAAAAGGCUUCCAUGUCUCCCAAGCACACAUGCAGAAUUGUAUAUAUACUAUUGUAAAUCACUGGAGGAAAUAAAUUUCCAAUCACAUCGAUUCACAUUGCAAGAAUUUGGCUAUGAAGGCUGUAUUAGUUUAUUAGAAAUUGAAGGCUUUAUCAAAUUGGUGCCUAUAACCAAACUUGAAGGAAAUGAUUUGGGACAUAUGAAGUGGCUAAAAGAAUAUGAAAAUCAUGAGGUGUGCUUGGUUGGUGAUGACGAGCUCACCAAAGGAAGAAGUUCGUGUGUCCAGAUGUUGUAUGAAUUCAAUAUAAUGAGCACAUCUCUGCCAGACAUGGAGGAUCCAAACAUGAAGUCUACAUAUGUAUCGGAGUCAUCAUCUUUAUCCUUUGACAUGCCUCCUCCUCCCAAGAAUAAAAGGCUCAAAGGAGUUGAUGUAACUUUCAAAUAUACAAUUUCAAGUGAUGAUGAUUGGGUAUGGUUCUGUAAAAUCAAUACAACCAAUGGUGUUGAUUUGAUGUACAACCCCAAAGUCUUUGGCAAACCUGAAUUGGGUGAAGUUGGUAUAUGGUUAAGCUAUUGGCCAAUUGGAAACACGUUGGACAUUGGAGAUAAAGUCAAUGUUUCUAUCGCUGUGAUAAAUGGAUUGGAGGUUCAUGAAUGUGGUGUGAGCCUUGUUUAUACUGAUGAUAAAGUAGCCGAGGAAAACUUGGAAAAUAACAUUGAAUGGAUAGAAGUUCUUGGAGGAGAUUUGUCUGGAUUUCAAUUAAGCACACGAGCAUACUAUCUUUGUCGCCGUGAUUUGUUUGAGUUAAUGGAAGUUGGUAGACUGAAUGCUGGUUGGUUUAGUAUUUUAGUUGGUGAUACCAUUGAAUGGACAGGCAUGUCCCUCUUGUCAAGCUAA